CCACGCGGUGGGACCUGGGUCGGUAGUACUUGUGACAUAUUAAAAUCUUUUUCUAAUUUAUAUAAGAAAUCUAUAACUAAAUUAUAAAUAUAAUUUAGUUAGAACGCAAGUACUACCGGGCGAAUGACUGCAUAUUUCAAUUCUCUUUUUCCAAAAUCUCUUUUCUGUCUAAUAUCAAUUAAACAUUGAAUUAAUCACAUUUCAAAUUGUUAGUAAUAUUUUGACAGGUAAAUAAAUUAAAUAUAUCAAAGUUCUAAAUUAAUUUGUUGAGAAACGCACAGAAGACUUUUCUCUCGCACUUAUGUUCGCUGUCAUUUCUAUUUAUUCUUAUUUACUUUUAUUACUUAUAUACUUUUAUUACUUAUAUGCUUUUAUUAAUUUUUAUGAAUUAUUAGUCUCUGGUGAGACUCUUGAGAGAGGCUCUUGUGACGGCCGGCACACGCGUGGGUGUUCACGAGUAUGUAUGGCGUAUAGGAAGGAAAACUUCUAAAGAUAUUUGAUGAAAAAAAAUGAUUAAUUAUCUGAUGUUGGUAUAACAGAUUUCUGUAUUUUCCAUUUAGUAAUCCUGUAGAAUGAUUUUACGAUAUACAGCCUCGCAUAAUGUUACAUCUAUUUAAAGUAUAUUUAAAAUUCGGAACAUACAUUUAUCAAAAAGAAAAAAAAUAUAUUUCUAUUAAUUACCAGACAUAAUGAUUUUCAAUUUUUUUCAAAUAAAAUAAUUUAUUCUACAAAACGUAUAGUAAUAUAAAGUUGCCGUUUUUUUUUCACUUAUCUUAGACAAAAAAGUAAAAUUUGAACAUUCUCUCGAUCAAUAUUGUAAAUCAAACAAAAAAAUGUGUAAAAGAAAACCAGAUAAAAACAUUAACCUCGCAAAUUAACUUGCUAUACUGUAAGACUUUUCUCAACUACACCGUUUUGAUAACAUAGCUGCGAUACAGUGGAAUAACAGGUCCUAAGCUCUCUAAAUAUCAGCAUUACGUUGGUAAAAUGCCACGAAAUUAUAUCUUUUUUACUCAAACUAUUACGUUAGAAUUGCGUUGUAAUAUUUAACAUUGUUGGUAGGAGAACCUCAGGCACGAUCCUAUCUCAAAAGGAGAAAAGAAAAUAGAAAAGCGAAAUUCUAAUCUCUAAAAAAAAAAAAAUACAAAAUGAGUAACCAAACGUCGAAUUAAUUUUUUUUUACGAAUCAAAAAAUCUAACCUAAUCCCACCAAUUCGAUUGAUAAUAUAGAACAACGACGGUACAAAUAAAUAAUACGAGAUAAAAUAAAAAGAGAACAACGAAGUUUUAGUUGCGGCCCUGUUUGAAUUAUUUUACGUUAGUUCAGAUACAUACAUAGGCUGAUAUACGUAUACGUACAUACACAGGUAUAUAAAGAAAUAUAGGGAGAGGGGGAUAAGAUGGAUAUAGAAGGGAAGGAGUACGUUUGUGAACUCGUGUUACAGAACAGGCAGACUUUCUCUCCCUCAACUGUGACAUAAUUUCUUACACACCUGGCAAAGUGUUCUCUCUCGCGGUUCAACGGAAGCUGGACUAGUUUCGUUUAUCAUCAAACCCGGUGCGGACAUGCCAAGUAGUCACGGUGUCCUUGUCGCUCUGCUUUUUACCACCCUCGCGGUAGUCAUCGUUACUAGCAGCAUCGUUCAGCAGAAACGUGCAGCGAAUUUCGAUUAUUACGACGAUGGCUAUCAAAAUUUCCAGCCUGUGGUGAAGUUCCAAAGGCCAAUUGUAGUUCCAGAAUACCCGAAAAAGGAUCAACAAGAUCUCAGUAAGAUUCCCGGUAUUCCUGGAGUAGACUAUCCGAUUUAUCACAGCGUUCCAAAGACCAGUUUUUCUUGUGCUCAUGUACCCCAUGUACCAGGAAUGUACGCGAAUGUAGAGACCGGUUGUCAGGCCUAUCAUAUAUGCCACGAUGGCAGAGAAGGUCAGCAAGGGGCCUCGUUUCUGUGCACUAAUGGGACUCUUUUUAAUCAGCAAGACUUUGCUUGUGAUUGGUGGUACAACGUGAAUUGUGCUUUAGCGCCACAAUAUUACAGAUUAAAUUCGGAUCCAUUGACGAAUCCUUAUGUGUCGAAAGAAGAAAAAGAUGCUAUCAAACAGAGAUUAAAUCGCAUCGUAGUGCUCUAAUUUCUAAUUUUAAUUAAUGAAAAUUUUAUUAAAUUUAUUUGUAUUACUGCGGAGAUCAUGAUCUUAAAAAUUUAUUAUAAAAUCGUGAUAUAUCUAAUAGUCAUUCCAAAAUUAUAUUGCAAAAUUAAUCUCGGAAAAAAUUGUAAAUGCAUAUUUUGAUAAGUACAUAAAAAUAUUCAUUUAUUAAAUAUGUACAUUUAUAAAAAAUGUUAAAAUAGAAAAGAAAAACAAAAUUUAUUGAAACUAUUUCUCAAAGUACUUAAUAAUCUUAUAAUAGAAAUUAAUAAUUAUAAUAUAUUACUAAUAAAUAUAUAUAUAUAUUUAGCAUAUAGAUAUUAUUAUCAAAAUACUUAAAAUUUAUAUUUGAAGGAAACUAUCAAUAUUUUACACAUUUUGAUAGACUAAAACACAUAAGUUGUAUCUUCGAGAAAAAUUUUAUAUGCCUCAAUCGCAUUAUCUCCGCAGAAUUAACAAUUAGAUAACGAUUGAAGUACCAUCACGUUUUACUUUAUAUUCUAUACGUUUUAUAUAUUGUUAUCUUCUCUCAAAAUUCAUCGAAAAAGCACACAUUUAAAGAAAAUAAGAAAAAGAAUAUCUACAAUGAAAUAGAGCCUAGAUAUACUAUCCACAAAUUUAUUUAUCUCUUUUCUUUUUCGUUUUUUGAAAAAUUUCUUUAUCGCUUAACACAUUGGCGAUCGCUAAAAAUAGAAUGCUUUUAUAUACUCAAAAAAAAGAAAGAAAAAAUAUUUGGAUAACAAAGCGCUCCCAAAAAUGAGAAACUUCUCGUUAUCUCCAAUAGAUCCCAUAUGAAAAUAAAAAAAUUCUCUUUACAGAUCGUUAUCUUUAAACGUUUCUCGUCAAAUUUCACACGGUACGAGCUGUGAAUCAGCGUUCAUUCGUGACUCAGGGCAACAAUGUGAGGGUAAUUUUUCUUGAAGGACGUGAAAGUCAGAAAGCUCUUGCGUCGAAAGGAAAGGAAAGGCUAGGACGAUAGCGGGAGAUGUAAACUGAAAGAGAGAGAGAAAGACAGAAAAAAAAAUAGAGAGUGUGUAUGAGAGAGAAAAAGAGAGAAAAAGAGAAAGAGAGUGAUAUGGUAAAGUGAAAAUUGAAAUGGUUCUAACUCGAUUCUCGCUGAAGAAGUAUCUUUUUCUCUCUCUCUUUCUCUCUUCCUCAAUCUUCCUCUGAUCAUUGAAAAGAAAAAAAGGGCAGAAGAUAAACCAGAAACUAAUAAGUAGGAUGGUGAAAAAGAAAAGCACGAUAGAGAUUCGAAAGGGAAGACGAUGAAAAAAUAUUGCAGUAUCUAUUUCCGGAUAUAAGAUGAGAAAAGGAAGAAAAAAUGAUUAAAUGAUAACUUCCAAAGUAGAUCAUCAUCAAACUUGAUUUCUGCUUGAGAAUGUAUCGAUUCCAAGUUUCUCUUCGUUCUUUUAAAAAAGUUCUAAUAAAAUAUAGAUGUCUGAGCAUAACAUUGUU